AUGGAUUUGAUGGGUGACUUCGGUGGCAGAGAAGUCGCAACUUUGCCUUCAUUGAUGGUGGUAACAUUCUGUUCGAAGGGCUUCCAACGACUCCCAGCCCUCCAGCUUGUACUGAGCCAGCGUCGUCAUACUAGCGGGCCUCCACCCCCAUCCUUGGGCCUCUUGUCAGACCAUGUGAAUCAAGACCCACGGAGGGAAACCGCCUGA